CCCUCGGCCAUAAACCCUCAUCCAAAAUCCCUCGCCCUAUUCCAGUCUCUCUGUUUCUCUCUCGUUCUCUCACACUCACAAGCGAAGCAAAAGCAACGCGAAUAGCAGAGCGAUGAUGGCAAGCGAAUGAAAGCGUAAUUGGCGAUGAUUCAGCUACGAAGGAGCUCGCUAUUGCUCAGCAGCGCGAAUACUUUCUCUUGCUCCAUUUCCUCAAAACCUUUAUCUUCUUCAUCUCUUCGGCUCAACUCCUUCAUGUCCAAGUUGCAGUACAGGGGACUUCAGGAGAACCCAAGUGUGCAUUUACAUUGUUCUCCAUUUGGCAUUGGUAAUGGCAAUAGAUACAGAAAAUGUUCUCAGCUUAAAUUUAAUAAAGUCAACGUAUCUUUCAUGAUCUCGGCUAACCAUGCGAAGGCCGGAAAAGAUUCUCAUAUUUUGAGUAGCCCUCUUGAUGGUUCUCGGCGGGCUGCCCACUUAAGAUUUGGGUCCCUUAACGAUACGGCACCUGCAAAUACUGUAAUUUAUGGUUCUCUAAACCGUGGUAUCAGGAGUUCAGCUAGUUACGGAAGUUUUGCUAGGAGGUUUUUAGUAUCCAAUAAGGCAAAAGCAUUGGCUGCUCACAGCAAGAACAGAGCCGCAAAUUCUGAUUUUUCAGCGUCUAAAGAUGUUGACACGGUGACGAAUAGGGAACAACUUGCUGGAGAUGGGAAGGAUGAUGUGAAGCUGGGAUCAUCAAUUUCAACUUCUCCUGUUAAAAAUGAUAAUCAAAACUCUAAAGUUCAUAGACAACAGAAGCAGCAGUCAGGAAGCAAGAAAAGCAAGAUACGGCAAUCUGCCUGUGGAGCUUCAGAAGAAGCUGUUGUAGCCAAAGGGCCUGAAGGUUCUUUUCAGGGAAAGAGGUCCAGUGCUAGCAAAAAAGGCAAGGAGUCCUCACAGGCUUCAGAGAAGAAUUCAGUUGGGAACACACGUGUGGAAGUUCUUGAUGGUUCUGCUUCAAGAAAACCCCAGUCCAAUAAGAAAAGUGGGAACCCUGGUAGAAAGGGGAAAUCUUUCAAAGCAGCUAAUGAGUCACCAAAGCAACAGAAUCCACAACAUAUAGACAAAGUGACGCAUCAGGGGCAAAGGAUGCUGAAACAGCUAUAUCCGCCCAGUGGGAAGUCUGUUGUGGUGGUGGAGUCAGUUACAAAGGCUAAGAUUAUUCAGGGCUACCUUGGUGAUAUGUAUGAAGUCUUGCCUAGCUAUGGUCAUGUAAGAGACUUGGCUGCAAGAUCAGGAUCUGUGCGACCUGAUGAUGACUUUAGCAUGGUGUGGGAGGUUCCAUCUACUGCCUGGACUCAUCUGAAGAGCAUCAAGGUUGCUCUAAGCGGAGCAGAGAAUCUUAUCCUUGCAUCAGAUCCCGACCGUGAAGGAGAGGCUAUUGCCUGGCACAUCAUUGAGAUGUUGCAACAACAGGAUUCUUUACGUGAAGAUAUUGGCAUAGCAAGGGUUGUCUUUCAUGAAAUAACCGAAGCAUCCAUUAAAAGUGCUCUUCAAUCUCCAAGAGAAAUUGAUGCAAACUUGGUUCAUGCUUAUCUUGCACGGCGUGCUCUCGAUUAUUUGAUUGGAUUUAACAUUUCACCGUUAUUAUGGAGGAAGCUACCUGGUUGCCAGUCAGCUGGGCGGGUCCAGUCUGCUGCACUCUCUCUUAUAUGUGACAGGGAAAUGGAAAUUGAUGAAUUUAAACCUCAGGAGUAUUGGAGUAUUGAGGUGCAGAUGAACAAAAAUGGACCUGGUUCUUUAGUGAAUGGCUUUUCUUUCCCAGCACACUUGAGCCAUUAUGAUUUCAAAAAGUUAAAUCAGUUAUCAAUCAGUUCUUUUACAGAGGCAAAUGAUAUUGAAGAGAAGAUUAAUUCUGCAAAAUUUCAAGUGGUCAGCUCUAAAAGAAACAAAAUGCGGAAAAACCCUCCUACCCCAUUUAUAACAUCCACACUUCAGCAGGAUGCUGCAAACAAAUUGCAGUUUACUGCAUCAUAUAUAAUGAAGCUUGCACAGAAACUUUAUGAGGGGGUUCAAUUAUCUGAUGGUAAGGCAGCAGGUCUAAUAACAUACACCAGAACAGAUGGACUACACUUGUCUGAUGAAGCUGUUAGGGACAUACGCUCAAUGGUCGCUGAAAGGUAUGGACAAAAGUUUGUAUCAGGAAGUGCACGGAAAUAUUUUAAGAAGGUGAAGAAUGCUCAAGAGGCUCAUGAAGCAAUUAGACCCACUGAUAUUCGGAGGUUACCAUCAAUGCUUGUUGGAGUACUUGAUGAAGAUUCCUUGAAGUUAUACACUCUUAUUUGGUCUCGGACAGUGGCAUGCCAAAUGGAACCUGCUACCAUAGAGCAGAUGCAAGUAGAGGUUGGGAAUGCUGAUGAGUCCAUUAUUUUGCGAUCUGCAUCCUCAAGAGUUGAUUUUCUUGGAUAUCAAGCAGUGUUUGAGGACAUGGAAACUAAAGCAAUCCGGAGUGAAGUAAAUAAAUGGGAUGAUCGCAAUGAGGCUUUUGGGAUUCUUAAUUUAUUGAAGCGAGGAGAUCCAUUGCAUCUUGGUAAAGUGGAACUCAAGCAGCACUAUACCCAGCCUCCAGCACGCUACUCUGAGGGAACAUUGGUUAAGAAGCUAGAGGAGCUUGGGAUUGGAAGACCUUCAACAUAUGCGAGCACCCUGAAAGUUUUAAAGGAUAGAAACUAUGUGACCGUGAAAAGUCGUGUAUUGCAUCCAGAAUUUCGUGGUCGCAUGGUGUCGGCAUUUCUUUGUCACCAUUUUUCUGAGGUCACAGACUACAGUUUCACUGCCGAUAUGGAGACUGAGCUUGAUAACGUUUCUGCUGGAUUAACUGAAUGGAAAGGCCUUCUCAAAGAUUAUUGGACACGUUUCAGUUCAUAUUGUGACCGUGCUACUAGUGUCCAUAUUCAUCAGGUGGAGAAAAUGUUGGAGAAAAAAUUUGGGGAUUUCUUAUUUGAUUCUCUCCCCGAUAAAAGCAGGACAUGUCCAAGUUGUAUGGAGGGCACUUUGAUUUUCAAAGUAAGUAGGUUUGGUGCUGGCUAUUUUAUAGGAUGUGAUCAACACCCAAAGUGCAAGUAUAUUGCCAAGACAUUAUAUGGUGACGAUGAUGAAGAAGCCAGCCCUCAAAACAAUAGCAGUGUAGAGGAGCCAAAACUGCUGGGCAUUAAUCCAGGGUCCACUGAAAAGGUUCUUUUGAAGAAUGGUCCUUAUGGAAUCUAUGUACAGCUUGGUGAAGACAGGAAGGGAUACUUGCCAAAAAGAGCCUCUGCUUCCCAUAUAAAGAACGUGGACUCUAUUACCCUUGAAGAUGCUCUUGAGUUACUGCGCUACCCUUUGCCGCUGGGAAACCAUCCCAAGGAUGGCCAACCAGUGAUAUUAAAGCUUGCAAAGCUUGGAUUUUCAAUUAAACAUCGACGCACAAAUGCUCCAGUCCCCAAGAAUCUAAAGCCAAAAGACAUCACCCUUGAGAAAGCAUUGGAGCUCUUGUCAGGUAAAGAUGUAAAACGAUGUGGCCGACCUAAGAACAAGCCGAAGCUUGAAGAAGUCAUUGAGGCCAUGUAGAAGAGUGCAAGUUCUUUGAAGACUAACUACUAUAUAUGAAAUACUAAAUGGUGGCAACUUAUCCCUUUUCAUCACAAAACUUGAUCAAAGGAAGAGCAUCAAUUUCCGGGCAUCAGGAGAUUCUUUCACGCGUCGAGAGCGGCGGCGUACACAUUCGCGACAGUAGUCAAUUUUGUUGUAGAUUAUGUCUUUUAAUUUAGAUCUUUUUGGUGCCAUUUCUCAGUUAUGUAAGGCCAAUUUGUGAUAAUAAUGUAUAUGCUUAUUUUAAUGGCUAUAAAAGUUAUGAGGCCUGCGAUUUGUUAAAUUUUAUUCACAUUUGACUUUAAUAAAAUUCUUCUCAUGAUGUUUUUUCAACUA